GUUGGCCCGGGCAGUUGGAGAGCGAGAGGUCUGUGUGGCGGCGGUGACUGAGCCUGGAGAAAUAGCGAGUAUCAUUGCUAGUUUUGAUGUGGCCUGAGAGCCAGAAGAAACCUUCCAGCACCAACGUACAGUUACAAAGCAAUAAAUAAACUCUGGUCCAGCCAGUGAGCAGUUUAAAUCCAAGGCGAGGAGGUGUUCGUGGUCAGUGACAGGAAACAAGUGACAGGAAACCUUGUAUCUCUGGAUCUGUAAAAUGCUAACUUCAGCACCUUAUCUGCUACCCAGUCUAAACAUACAAGAUAAUGAAAGGACCUUUCAUGAAAAAUAUGAACUUAGUUUAAAAACAAUGAUUCCUGUGCGCAUUGGAGCAAAAUCUGCCAUUAAUCCAGUAGAUAAUGCAGGGCUGUUCUCAUUUGCUACAUUUUCUUGGCUUUCAUCUUUAAUGAUCAAAGGAUACAGGAAUAAUAUAAAUGUGGACACCUUACCUCCAUUAUCAUAUCAUGAUAGUUCAGAUCCAAAUGCAAAAAGAUUUCGAUGCCUUUGGGAAGCAGAGCUUGCAAGAGUUGGGCCUGAGAAGGCUUCUUUGGACAGAGUAGUUCUAAAAUUUCAGAAAACACGACUUCUAGUAGAUGCAAUAGUAAAUUUUAUUUGUAUUGUUUUCGCUUCUUUAGGACCAACUGUGAUCAUUCAUAAGAUCCUACAGCACAGCGAAAGCAAGUCCAAAGAUAUUGUUACAGGAAUUGGACUUUGCAUAGCACUUUUUCUUGCUGAAUUUUUCAAAGUAAUACUUUGGGCAUUGGCAUGGGCCAUCAACUACCGUACAGCCAUACGAUUUAAAGUUGCUCUGUCUACAGUUGCAUUUGAAUAUCUAUUGGCAUUUAAAUCUUUGGCACAUAUCUCUUUUGGUGAGGUUAUCAAUAUAUUAUCUACUGAUGGCCAUCGUAUAUUUGAAGCUGCUGUUUUUUGUCCUCUGCCAAUUACAGUGCCUAUACUAAUAACUGUUUGCACUGUAUACUCUUGUCUUAUUCUUGGUCCAACUGCACUGAUUGGAACAUUUGUUUAUAUUAUAUUUAUACCGCUGCAGAUGCUCACAGCUAUGCUCACAGCCAUGUUCAGACGAGCUGCUGUUUCAGUAACUGAUAAGCGUUUGAGAACAAUAAAUGAAAUUUUAACUUGCAUUAAAAUGAUUAAAAUGUAUGCUUGGGAAACAUCUUUUGCAAUUAGAAUUAAAGGUAUCAGAAAAAUGGAAAGGAAAAUAUUGGAAAAAGGAGGAUAUGUACAGAGUGUAAACCUUGCUCUGACACCUAUUGUAUCUAUUGUGGCUGUUGUCAUGACAUUUAUUUUACACACCCUUUUAAAGCAAGAACUAACUGCAUCAGUUGCUUUUAAUGUAAUUGCUAUAUUUAAUGUAAUGAAGUUUUCAAUUGCAAUCUUGCCAUACUCAGUGAAAGCAGCAGCAGAAGCUAAAGUUUCCCUGAAAAGACUGAAAAAAAUUCUUAAAGCUGAAAUCCCUCCCAGUUAUGUAAAGCAACUGGAAGAUUCAGAAAAUGCUGUAGUAAUGGAUAAUGCCACACUAUAUUGGGAACAUCAGAAUGAACACAGGGAAAAUGAAAAGAAUAAAAAGACUAUGAACAGAAAGAAUGCUUAUAAAUGCCAACCAGAAACAGAGCCUGAAUUUUCUCACACAGUGACAUCCCAGACAAUGGAGGAAGGAAAAGUGGAUAGCAAAGUUUGUGUUUUGCGUAACAUAAGCUUUAUUGUGAAAAAGGAAAAAGUUUUGGGUAUUUGUGGAAAUAUUGGAAGUGGAAAGAGCUCAAUAUUAUCAGCCAUUCUAGGACAGUUGCACUUGAAUGAUGGGACAGUAGGUGUUGAUGGAACAUUAGCUUAUGUGUCGCAGCAAGCAUGGAUAUUUCAUGGAAGCGUUAGACAAAAUAUAUUAUUUGGAACAGAAUAUAAUGAACAGAGGUACAAUUAUGUAAUCAAUGCAUGCAAUCUGAAGGCAGAUAUGGAACUUCUUCCCGCUGGUGAUAUGACUGAAGUAGGUGAAAGAGGUCUUAACUUCUCUGGAGGCCAGAAGCAAAGAAUCAGCUUAGCUCGUGCUGUUUACUCUAAUAGAGACAUUUACUUGUUGGAUGAUCCCUUGUCAGCAGUUGAUGCACAUGUCGGAAAAUAUAUUUUUGAGAAAUGCAUAAGAGAAGCCCUUAAAAAAAAAACAAUAGUACUUGUAACUCACCAACUGCAGUAUUUGGAAUUCUGUGAUGAAGUCAUUUUAUUAGAAGAUGGAGAAAUAUGUGAAACUGGAACUCACAAAAAAUUAAUGGAAGAACAGGGACGCUAUGCCCAACUAAUUGAAAACCUCCAUAAGGAGCAGGCAAAGAAGCCAAAACAUGUUUUGAUUGAAUCAGUAAUAGAACCUAGGAUGAAAAACCAAGACAAGAGUGAUACCUCUAGAAGUUCUAAAGAAGGAGCUAUAAAUCCUGGUUCCAACAUGCCUAAAGAAGGAAUCAUCAAUAAGGAACCUGAAAGAGACACACAAGGGAGAAGCACAACGGCUACUAUAAAACAACUUGUUCAAAAAGAGGAAAAACUGGAAGGUUCAGUGACAUGGAAAACUUAUCAUGCUUAUAUUAAAGCAUCUGGAGGUUUCAUACUGUCUUCCUUUGUUAUACUUCUCUUUAUGCUGAUGAUUGGCACCUCAGCUUUUGUUAACUGGUGGUUGAGUUUCUGGCUGGAACAGGGCUCAGGUAAAAUUUGCACCAUCUUGGGUAAUGACACAAAAUACACCUGUGACAUGGAAAACAUCUUGGAUAACCCCAGACUACACUUUUACCAAUUCAUCUAUGGAAUCAGCCUGGUGGCCAUGAUUGUCCUAAGUAUCAUCAGAGGGCUUCUUUUUACAAAGACAACAUUAAAGGCUUCUUCAACACUGCAUGAUAAUGUAUUCUAUAAGAUCUUACAUAGUCCAAUGAGUUUCUUUGAUACAACUCCCACUGGUAGGCUAAUGAACCGUUUUUCUAAGGAUAUGGAUGAACUGGAUAUGAGACUUCCAUUUCACGCUGAGAAUUUUUUGCAGCAGUUUUUUAUGGUGUUCUUUAUUGUAGUCAUAAUAGGCCUUGUGUUCCCUUUUCUUCUAGUUGCAGUCAUCGUCAUAGCUGCUCUUUUUGUACUACUUUUUCAAAUAUUCAAGAGAGCUAUUCGAGAGCUAAAGAGAAUAGAAAAUAUUAGCAGAUCACCACUGUACUCUCAUAUUUCUUCUUCUGUGCAAGGACUCAGUGUAAUUCAUGCCUAUAAUAAAAAAGAAGACUAUAUCAAACAAUUUAAAAUGCUAAAUGAUGAAAACUCCAACCAUUUUCUCCUAUUUAACUGUGCACUACGAUGGUUUGCACUUAGAACAGAUAUCCUUGCAGCCGUUAUAACUUUGAUUGUGGCGUUAUUUGUUGCUUUGAGCCCUUCUUCGAUUAGUACUGCAGCAAAAGGCUUGGCUUUGUCCUAUAUAAUCCAGUUGAGUGGACUUCUCCAAGUAUGUGUAAGAUCAGGAAUUGAGACAGAAACCACAUUUACCUCUGUUGAACAAAUAAUGGAAUAUGUCUUGACAUGUGUUCCUGAGGCUCCACAGCUUUCAAAUAUUUUGAAGUCUCCCAAAGGCUGGCCAAAUCAAGGGGAAAUUGUAUUUAAAGAUUACCAAAUGAAAUACAGAGAAAACAGUCCUAUAGUUCUCCAUGGUUUAAAUAUGAGAAUUCAUGGUCAAGAAACAAUUGGUAUUGUUGGCAGAACUGGCUCUGGAAAAUCAUCUCUAGGAGUGGCACUGUUUCGCCUAGCAGAACCAACUGCUGGUACCAUCCUAAUUGACAAUGUUGAUAUCUGUACAAUUAGUCUGGAAGAUCUAAGAACAAAGCUUUCUGUUAUUCCCCAAGAUCCUGUUCUGUUUGUAGGUACAGUAAGGUUCAACAUUGAUCCUUUCAGUACUUACACAGAUGAUCAGAUCUGGCAAGCUCUUGAAAAAACAUUUAUGAAGGACAGAAUAUUGAAACACCCAGGAAAAUUACAGGCAGAAGUUGCUGAAAAUGGAGAAAAUUUCUCCAUAGGAGAACGACAGCUGCUUUGUAUGGCAAGAGCACUACUUCGAAAUUCAAAAAUCAUUCUGCUUGAUGAAGCCACAGCUUCAAUUGAUCCUGAAACAGAUAGACUAAUUCAGUGCACAAUCAGAGAUGCAUUCAAGGACUGUACAGUCUUAACCAUUGCACAUCGCAUCAACACUGUUCUGGAGUGUGACCGCAUCCUGGUUAUGAGCAAUGGAGAGAUAAUUGAGUUUGGCAAGCCAGAAGAUCUUAUGCAGAAACCAGAUUCUACAUUUGCAUCGCUCUUGGCUGCAGCAAGCAAAGGGGCGUCAUAGAAGACACAUUGGGUUUUUUGACUGUGUAAUCAAUGAAGAUGCACAGAUGAUUCAUAUUAUAAAUGAAGCUACAGAUUUCUUCAUCUAAGCCCUGACAAUAAAACCCGAUUAGAAAAGAACAUUAGGAUUCUAGAUGAAAUCACAGGAUCAGCCUAUGAGUCACAUCAGUGAAAAAAAAAUAAAAAUAUUGUAUACAUGCUAAAUAAACACCUUUCUUCACACCAGGGCUGAAGUAAGAAAUAGUUCAGCGGAAAUUCCAGAAAUGUGUGUUCUUUUAUAUUACCAAAUUCUGUCAUCUAAAAGAGUUAAAUUUUGUUCCUCCCCAUAAAAGUACAGUAUAAAUGUUUUACAAUACCACCCCCAGAAAAUACACAAUAAAAAUAUUUUAAAGGUUUUAUUUUAAAAUUGGAAAUUAAAUGCCUGCAAGGUUUUGGUUUGAACUCUGAUUAAUCUUUCUUUCUCUCUCUCUCUUUAAUAUGCAAUAGAUUUAUUGAUCCAAACAUGAAAUAUGGUUUGUUGCCAUGUUUUGUGUAGAGAUAAUCAUCUUGUAUACUCCAUGUGAUAUAGUACAACAGGGAAAAAAUUAAAAUGCUUUAUCCAUUGGGCAUUACACUUUAACAUUUUUUUCCUUGUUGUUUAUCACUGAAACAUUACCAAAAGCACCUUUAAAUGAAGCUUCAUUGAAUUUGUCAGGAAAAAAGACAAUGCCCCACUUUUCAAGUAGACCUCCUCCUAUUAAAAACACUUCUAUUUUUCAAAUGCUAAAUUAAGAUCUGCAUACCAAACAACUCUGCAUGCAGAUGCACUGCCAUUUGGGCCUGCAUGCUUAUAAUGAUAUUCUCUCUCAUUGCAAAAGGUAUCUUCCAACUCUCCUCCUUUUAUAUACGUGUUUAUUAUUUGAUUAGAACAUCUUAAUAGCAGCAGCUUUUGUGUUUACUUAAUAUUGUUAUGAAUAUUUCCAGAAGGACUUAGAAAAUAAGCAGUGUCAAUUAGCGGUGACCUUUUGAAAAUAUUUCAAAACCAAAACAGUUCUGAUGAAAUACUGGCCUUUGGUUUGCUUUCAUAACCAGGCCUAAAUUCCUGUGUGUGUUAAUUGUUGAUGCAAAAUGUUAUUACAGUAUGCUUGCUUGAUAUGGCUAAAAUCUUAAUUUAUCUGCUUUGUAAAAUCAGUGCUGAUAUCAGCAAGGGUACAGCUCUCUGUUAUUGUUGUGUAGAUUUGUUGUGUGCUGUUAAACAGUUCCUGUGUUUUACUCCAGAGACAAUAGCAGUUCAGUGGUGGAUGAAAUGAUCUUUUUGUAAAAUGUAAAGUCAUUUGGGAUCCUUAAUGAUGGAACGUGAUACAUACAUGAAAGCUAUAAUGCAUUAUUCAAAUAAUACCUCAAGAUUUUGUUUGUUCACAACACUGACUGCAUGCUGGAAACAAUUAUAUUAAAAAUCAGAAUGAAA